GAGAGACCUAACUUAACUCCGGCCAAACGAAAUAGAAAAAGAGAGAGAGUGAGAGUGACGGCGAGGAAGAAGAAGAGAUGUGGUUCGCCGGCGGUGGAGGAGGACUGAGGAAGCUCUGCAGAGCGUCGGCUGUUUUCGAUAAUGAGAUGAGUUAUAACUCUUUGUUGGUGAGAUACAUGUCGAGAGAACGAGCUGUAAACGUCCGUAAGAUAAACCCUAAGGUUCCGAUCCAAGAAGCUUACGCCAUCUCCAAUUCACUCUACGAUCUCUUCAAGCGACAUGGUCCUCUUUCCGUUCCCAACACUUGGCUCCGUGCUCAGGAAGCUGGGGUAAGUGGACUGAACAGCAAAACGCACAUGAAGCUAUUGUUGAAAUGGAUGAGAGGGAAAAAAAUGCUCAAGUUAAUCUGCAAUCAAGUUGGAUCAUCGAAAAAGUUUUUUCACACCGUUUUACCUGAAGAUCCUCUACAAGAACAACCGGCUCCUGCGCCUGAGAUCAUCAACAAACAAGCCUCUAAGAAACGAAGCAAAUAAGGACACUCUGGAGUCUGGAGAGAGAGAGAGAGCAAGUCUCUGUGGACAAUCUUUUGUUUUAUUUCUUUGGGUUUUGUUUUUUCUGUCUCCACCAAGGGAAUGAAUUGUCAUUUUUUUAGUUGCUGGUGUAUAAAUUCUUGAGAAAGUCAUGACUUGCUUUUGUUCUUUGUUCCGUUCCCUUGAAUAAUAUAGAUGAUCAAGUACCUAUGCACAAGUUA